AUGAUAAGGGAGACUUUCAUCACUUUGGCAACAAAUGAUGAAUACUGUGUGGGUGCAUUGGUUUUGGGAGCUUCCCUAAGACAAACAGAAACUAAGAAAGAACUCACUAUUCUCGUGACUUCAACUCUAACAUCUAAAAUGAGAUCACUUUUAUCCUUGUACUACGAUAAUGUGAUAGAAGUACAGCCGGUUGCUCCUGAGGACUGGAAUAACCCUUUUCUUGGUAAUCGCAAAGAACUAACUGCAACGUUUACAAAAAUAUGUGCUUGGAGUCUUGUCGAGUUUGACAAGGCGGUAUUUAUGGAUGCAGAUACACUGGUGCUAGAUAACAUAGACGAAUUAUUCGAUAGACCAGAAUUGUCAGCAGCUCCUGAUACACUUUGGCCAGAUUGUUUCAAUGCUGGUGUAUUCGUUUUAAAACCAUCUAUGGAUAUAUAUAAUGGUCUUUUACAAAUGUUAUCUACAACUGGAAGUUUUGAUGGAAGAGAACAAGGUCUAUUAAAUACCUACUUUUCUAAUUGGCUUCAAGGUGGUAUAUCCCAUCGGCUACCAUGUACAUACAAUUGUAUUUGUCGUAUAUCAGAGAGUACCCAGUUUGAAUUUUAUACAAGUCGAUCUGCAUGGGUACAAUUCGGUGGUACAAUACGUGUUGCUCAUUUCUCUGGUCCGAUAAAACCAUGGCAUAAAACAUCAGCUGCUAAAACAUGUAGUCAAGCAGCAUUUCGUACAUUCCUUAAUACAAAUACAAAUAGACGUUCAAUAUCUCGUGUAGCUGGCAUGUUAGCCUAUUGGUGGUCACUAUUUCUUAUUUUAAUACGACCACAUUUUUCACCUGAUAUGUACUUAGGUUAUAUUUCUUUAGACACAUUAAGAAAGUAUGAACAAUGUCAAGGUUCAAUUAACAAUAAUAUUAAUAAUAAUCAUAACCCAGUGAAUUACAAUCCACAUUCUAGUCAACCUUCUGAAAGUUCCAAAAGUAACAAUUAUAGUGAUGGUAAUCACUCAUAUACACCGUAUUAUCCAACAUUUCAUGAACAAUAUAAACGACAUGAUUCUUCAACAAUCUUGACACAACAACAACAACAACAACAACCAUCAUCUCCACCUCCAGAAUUCCUCCAGUUACCUUAUCAUCCAGAAUUUCAUGAUACCACCUGGGAUUAUUUACAUAGAAAACAACGUAUUGAUGAAGAUAAUCGUUUUGUUGAACAUCAUAAUCAUCAAACGAGUAUUGUUCAAGAACCUCAGAGUGUACUUCAACCUCAAUUGAAUCUUUCAUUAUCAGGGAUUAGAUAUGAUCAAGAGAAAACAACAUCAACCUCAGAACCUCAUCAACAUCAUCAUCACCAUCAUCAACAUCAGGAACCUCAGCAACACGAAGUACAUCAUGACACAGCUCAGAUAAAAACUUCUGAGGAUCAACAUCAAGAGCGCAGUCACCACGACCACCAUCAUCAUCAUCACGAUCACCGUCAUCAUCAUGAAGAGAAUCAAAGUAUUGAGCGAAGUCAUCAACACUUUGAACAUCAGAAUAUCGAGCAUCAACAUAUUCAUCGAAAUGAAGAAAAUAAUCCCCAGCACAAUGAUUGUCAUAUUUCCAUUGACGAUAAUUAUCAACCAAGUACAGAUAAAUCAACUACUGAAGUUAAACCUGAGGAUAAAGAAUCUCCUCCGACAAAUGCAUCAUCAUCAUCAUCGACUGAUGAGAAACCAUCAAUCUUAAUACAUCCGCUAUUAGCAGAAUCAUUGAAUAAAACACCAUCAUUGAAAUUAGAAACACACUAUUCAUUAAAUUGUUAUAAAUGUCAUGAAGAAAUGAUUAGACAACAACAACGACACCAACAAUAUCAACACCAUCAAUCUCGAUCACAGCAUACAACAAGUAAUCCACUGAAGACAAGAAAAUAUACUUCAGAGAAAGAUUUAAGCCUAAAACAAAUCACAAAAAAGAUAAAUAGACGACAUAGUUGUUAUGGGUUAUUUGUAAAACCGUCUAUAGCCAGAAAGAUUAUUUCUCCAAUGCAAAGAAUGAAGACUUCGUCGACUCAUGAUGAUAUCCAACAGAAAGCUGUCAAUGAAAUUGAUGACAACAAGUUGAUUACAACAUCAGUCGGACAGAAACAAACUCGUGCAUCUACUGAGAAAGAUAAAUUCAUGAAACUUUCUACAAGUGAAAAUGUUUUAAAUCAUAAUGCAGAUAAAACAUCAAGUCAUGCUAAGCAGGAAUCAUCGAAAUUAUUCGACAACAUGAGCGAUAUUCCCAUGAGUAGUCAUUUGCAUAGUUUAGAUUUAGCCUCACCCUCACCUAAACUAUUGACUCCCUCAAUUAUUGAUCACCAGCCUGAUGUUAAGGUCAUCAAUGGGUCAAAUUUGUAUGAAAUGCCUACAGAGAAAGAAAACGAAAAGGUUAAUUCUAUUUCAAUACAUAAAAUCGAUCGUAUGCUUUAUAAACGAAGCAUAUCGAAUGAAGAGAGUAGACAACGCUUGAAUAGUACUUCUCUGAAUUCUCAUCAGCUGGAGAAUAACAAUCGUUUACAUCGAUCAAAAGUGAAAUGUAUGUCAUUAGGCGAAAUGAUGAUGAACACAUCGUCAAGUGGUAGAACAUCGUUGUCCUCAAUAUCGUUGCAGCCAUUAUCCACGUCACAAUCAAUAGGCUCUUGUCAUCAGGGAGAGAAGAUGACUUCACAAAAUGAUUUCAAAAAAAUGACAAUAAAAUUAAGAUCAAAAAGUUUGAAAAGACGUUCAUCGGAUAAGAUAACCAAUAGAAGAGGUAGAAGAAGACAGCAGGAUUUGUCUUCUUCUUCGGAAAAGGAGACAUCUUUUUACAUUCAUAAGAAAAAUCCAUUCAGUAUAAUUACAUCACAUUAUCUUAGCUCUAGACAGACAAUAUAUCGACGGCAUACGAUUGGAAUCGGUGGUGAGUUGGCCAAUGUUGAUUUCGGUAAAGAUUUAUGCCUUAGACAUGCACAAAUUGAAGCUGUCAGUAUUGAGCGGAUGUAUGCCUGGGAACGUGGUGAAAUUGACUAUACAGGGAGUGAUCGAUUUAUAAAUAUUCUUAAUAAAUUAUGUACAACACUACAAUAUGUUGGUGGUGAGGCAAAUCUUCCUAUUGGUAUAGAUGUCAUCAAAUGA